AUGACGAGAUCGGAGCCGCGCGCUUGGAAGUUGCGGCAGAGGUCGGAAGUUGAAGAUUCUCCUAAGUUCGGCGUGACGUCAGUUUGCGGCAGGAGAAGAGAUAUGGAAGAUUCUGUUUUGGUGCAGCCUUCCUUCACCCAAGGCUUCCACUACUUUGGCAUUUUCGAUGGUCACGGUUGCUCUCAUGUUGCAACUAUGUGCAAGGAGCGGUUACACGAGAUCGUGAAUGAAGAAAUUGACAGCGCGCACGAGAAUUUGGAGUGGAAGCUAACAAUGGAGAAUAGAUUUGCUCGCAUGGACGACGAGGUUAAUUGCAAGAGUCAGAGCAACCAGACCUUCACUUGCAGGUGCGAGCUCCAGACUCCCCAUUGCGACGCCGUCGGAUUCACCGUCGCCAUCGUCACGCCGGACAAACUUGUCGUCUCCAACUGCGGCGACUCCCGCACCGUCCUCUGCCAGAAAGGCUUGCGUAGUUCUUCUGGUUUAUUAACUGACUUUAUGAUCUGA